GACUAAUCUCCAUGUCCAUCCCAUAAAUCCCUCACACAAACUGCCACACAUAUCAAGAACAAAACCAAAUUUCUCUUAAAUAUAUAUAGCUUUAAUGGAGGGCGAACGAUCCUACGUCACUCCGCCGCCCCCUCCGCCGCCGCCGCCGUCGCCUACGACGCACGUCACGGUGAUCGUCAUCGUGGUCCCGAUCGUGGGCGUCAUCUGCCUCGGCCUCCUCGCCGCGCUGCUGUUCGUCGUCUUCAGGAGGCGGCGGCGCGCGCGGCGCGACGAGGAGGAGGAGGAAGCGAAGGUGGAGGAGGUGGAGGACGUGGAGGUGAAGGUGACGGAGCACGUGCGCAUCGUGGAGGGCGUCGUCGGCGAGGCCGGGGUCGCCGGCGUGGCGGCCGGUGGGGCCAUCGGCUGCGGAGGCGGAGGCGGCGGCGGUAUAAGUGGCGGCGCCGCCGCGGUGGUGGCGGAGGCGGUGGCGGCCGGGGCGGUGGUCGUCGACGACGAGAUCAAGGUGGAGGAGCACGUCGUGAAGGUCACCGAGGCGUCGGCUCGGCGAGAUCACCAUGAUCAUGAAUGAUCGCUCUCAUUGAUCAGUGUGCUUAAUUAGCUAGCUAAUUAAGCUAGUUGCAUGCAGGUGCAUUCAUAUGGGUGGAUGGAUGGCUUUGCAUGGUGAAAAGGUGUUUGGCAAUUGUGUGUCGAUGCUGAAUUGCUUGUGAUUUAAUUGUGUGGUGGAUUAUGUACUUUUGUUGGUAGUUAUAUGUAAAAUUUGUAUUCUUAAUUAUCUGAUAUGAAUGAAUUAUUAUCCUUCCAUUGAAA